CCAUGCACGUAAUGAGUAGCCGAAGUAAUAAAACAAUUCUACCAUACUUAUUAAAAUCCAACAAUUGCCUCUCUCUUUCGCCCAUUCACCGUAACCUCAUCAAUGUCAUUAUCUCAUGACCAUCGCCAGAAAACCCACAAUCAUGAAAGACUUUCAUAGCACUUUACGCUCUCGUAAAUCAGAUAGAAACGCCAUUGAAUUGCCGCCACCCUCACCUAUGCACCAUGCCACCGUCGGUGUUGAUGAAUACGUCAAGACUGCUUACUUCGACGACUUACGUUUGAUGGGCUCAAAAUUGGCCAAGAACGAUAUAUUCCAAAAGAAGACACUAAAGCGUCGCGUCACACUGAAUGCAAUAAAUACGAGUAUGCAGUCGCAACAAGGCCCACACGAAGCACCACUCCAAUCCGAGAAGAUCCGACCACGCAAUUACGAUGAAAGAAUGCCAAUUGCUCCGUCAGACCUUACAAUAGACCAAAGUCUCGGAGAUGCAAAUGCCUUGUGUGCAGCACUAACAUACACUGCUUGCCCUUUGAAGGGUGUCAGUAAAGCUACAAUACCACCGCGUACUUCAACACAACUUACACAUAGCGUCCCUGUGGUCAACAAAUCAAGAAGUAAACUGAAACCCAAAGUUCCAUCGGAGCCAAAUAUACGCGUGGACGCGGGCACUGUAAUGACACACACCGAUGAGAAAGCCAUGCAACGCGACGAUGCUAAUAAUAGCCAUUCACACGACGUGGUACAACAGCGUCAACACCAACAACAAUUGCAACCGCUUACACCACCAAUGCAAAUGUUGCAGAAACGUCAGACUACUUUUGAUAAGUUGCCAAACACGACAUUUGCUGUAACAUCCAUCGAAACAGCCACCACCACCUCGUCUGCAACUGCUUCACAUACCAAACCGGAGGUGAAUGCCAUUAGAUCGUUGAGAAUAUGUCGAACUAAACGCAAGAAGUUAGUCCGUCAGUCGAUUUCGACACAUGCCACCCCGAUGAAAGCAAUACCAUUAAUCAAGGAAAGCAUAGAAAUCUUUGGUACACCUUCAAAAAUACUAAGCAACGGGGUCGAACAAUUAAAAGACAACGAUAGCCGACUACUGGCGGACGACGAGACGGAAGAUGAAAUUAAGGUUAUAAAAGCACCGCCAAAACUGGUGCGUAACAAGUCUUUUGUGCUCAGGUUUGUAUGAAUUCAUAGAAAGAAUACAAGGCCAAAAAGGCUCAUUUGUAUUAUAAAACUAAUUGUAUUAACAAAUAUCUUCCC